AUGUUUUUUCAAACAGGACCUGGUGGACUUUCACUUUACCAUUCGAUUCAAAAAAAUUUAAAUCAAGCUGGAACUAAAUUCAAAGUGAAAAUAUUUGAACGAGAAAGUAGUCCACAUGAUAGAUAUCAAGGUUGCAUUAUGAAUAUUUACAAAUUCGGUGUGAGUUCUCUUUUUUAUUCCCUUCCCACCGAAGUCCAAGCCCGUCUUCCUGAUGCAAUGCCUGAUCCGAUUCCAAAUAUUGAACGUCAUGGUCUGGAUGUCUUUGAUCACACAGGAAAAAAGCUAUUAGAGAUGCCAGUCUAUAAAUAUAAGAAUGUUUUUGAGUUUGUUCAACUUAAACAAAAACUUCCAUGGUUUUUUAUUUAUCGAAAUACUUUGAGGGAGAUUUUAUUGAAUGAUGUAGAUGUGCAAUGGGGCAAGAAGUGCAUCAGAUAUGAAGAGACUGAUGAAGGUGUUUGUGCUAUUUUUGAGGAUGGGAGCAGGGAAUUUGGCAAUCUGUUGGUCGGUGCCGAUGGAAUUAAUUCUCCAAUUAGAAUGCAGAAAAUGCCAAAUUUACAAGUUAAAGAUUCUGGGGUUUCCUAUGUCGUUACAGAUGUAUAUCCAACUAAAAAACUUGCGAAUCAAUUGAUCUCAAUUUGUGGAAAUUGUAUUGCACAAGAAUCCAUCGGACAAAAGGGAGAUAACCACAUUACUUUAAUGCGUCUUAUACCAAUUAAAUCUGAAUUAGAAAAUCGAGAAGAUCAAAUUUAUUAUAGAUUUACGCUUAUGUAUUGUGAAUUAACCGAUACAUUGCUAGAAUUGUGGUCACUUGUUCCAACUGAUACACCAGAAAGUAUGGCAAAGACUCCAUUUAAAAUGUCCAUUUAUCCUAAAAUACGUCAGAUGAUAGAUAUUGAUCCACUUUCAGUUACUUCAUGGGAAACAAGUAGAGUAAUCUUAUUAGGCAACUCUGUAACAUUUCAAGAUAUAGAAUCGUUGACUAACGAACUUUUAAGGUAUGAAAGCGAUGGUUGGAAAGUAUGCAUUCAACGAUAUGAACAAGAAAUGAGAGCCCGUUCUUCUAAAAUAUCAUUAAAAUCAACAAGUAUGCUAUUACUAACUAUAAAAGAAUAUGGUUAUUUUGGCAUAAUUGUUAGGAAUUUGAUUUAUAAAGUUUUCAAUGUUUUAAUUAGUUGUUUACCAUAUGAUCUUGUAGAUAGACUUUUUUGUAACCUUUAUGGAGUAGAAUAG